GUAGAUUCUGGAGAGGAGAAAAUUCAAUCCCCCUCCCACCCCCAUCACACACAGAGGGGUGGACUGAAGAGGAAUGAGAGGAGGGGCUCUCUGUGCUGUCUGAGUACUUAGAAGUAAAAAGAGGACAAGGACUGUCUGAGUCAUUUAUUUCAAAUAUCUGCCCUAGAAGCAAGAUCAGGAGAAGAAACCUUUGGCAGUAGUUCUAGUAGAGGUGACUGGGCAAUCUCAUGGACUUAACUUAAAUUUUUUUUUUCUUUUAUUGAACAUUUCAUUAAGUGUUCUUAAGAUUCACACAGAAUGGUCCAAUGGUUUUAAACACCAUACAGGACCAGUAGCUUAAAAUCCAGCUAUAUCUGUUCCAAGUGGAGUUGAUAGCUUGAGAAUAGACCAAAGAAUGACCGCAAAGCCAAGUGUAAAAUUCAGCUUUGUGUGAGUUGUGUUUUUCUGGUUUUGAGAAGUUUAAGUCCAGUUUCAAAGUUUUCCUUUUUUUCUGAGAGUCUAGAAGGGUGUAGACACAGUUUGCUCCAGUAACACCCUGAAGAUGUAUCCUUCUGAGAAGUUCGAUUCACAUCUUCUAGUGGUGGCUCUUGGGAUGUUCUUGAUCGCCCUACCCAGGGCACAAGGGGCAUCUUGCGAACCAGUGAGAAUUCCCAUGUGUCAGUCAAUGCCUUGGAACAUGACAAAAAUGCCCAACCAUCUCCACCACAGCACCCAAGCCAAUGCCGUCCUAGCUAUUGAGCAGUUUGAAGGCUUGCUGGCCAUUGACUGUAGCAAAGACCUGCUUUUCUUCCUUUGUGCAAUGUAUGCACCCAUUUGUACCAUCGACUUUCAACAUGAGCCUAUAAAGCCUUGUAAAUCGGUUUGCGAGAGGGCCAGGACUGGCUGUGAGCCGAUUUUGUUCAAAUAUGGACACACCUGGCCAGACAGCUUGGCUUGUGAGGAGCUACCAGUCUAUGACCGAGGAGUUUGCAUCUCCCCUGAAGCCAUCAUAACCGUUGAUCAGGGAACUGGUAGGUACAUGGGAAUAUUCACAAUGUCAUUUAUUAACUAGUAUGCUUUGACCUGAGGAUGUUUAUAUGUCAACUUUUCGUGCUCAUGUUUGGUGGGAACUGUGACCUGGGUCCAGGAAUAUUGAUGUUGACUAGUCAUCCCAAGGUGUUCUACAGAAUUUACAUGCUUUAGCCAAUUGUGUGACCUGUAGAUAUGACUUGUACUGUAUAAAUUGGGGAUGUCAAAAAGGUACAUCUUUUGCUGCUGUAGUUACAAUGUAUGAUUUUUUUUAAAUUCUUUUUUAGAAAAAUUAAAUGUAGCAUUGCACUGUGUAUGUAAAUAUAUUAGCUACAUUGUAUGAACAACAUAUCACUUCUCCCUCUGUGCUCUAUCCUAAGAAAUAAUUAAUUGGACAAGAAGAUCAACAAGUGAAUGCUACAAUGUUGUUCUUUAUUAUUUUUCCAAGCUUUUAUCUAAAACUUAAAAAGCAUUUUUUUUCUACAUUGUGUAUAGUUUGGCAGAGUUUCUUUUGCAUAAUUAUUUGUGAUGAGCUAUUUAGCUUGAUAUACAGUGUCAGCCAAGAGGCUUUUGUUUGCAUGAGUCGGUGUUGUCUUUGAAUGCAGUGAAAGCGUUUACUUGGCUGGAUAUUGAAUAGGACAUUACAUUGUGACAAAUAUGUUGCUAGUUACAGAACAAGCUCCCCACUUUGGCUCAGAUAGAAGCCUUUGUGAGUACAUGUAUAAGCAUAGCUAUUUUAACCCUUUGGGAAUCCUCCAUUUUUAACACCCCCUUCUUGUUAAAACUUGACUUAACUAUUUAAUUGUAAUUUAUUAUGCAUUUGUUAAAUCACUCAUGCAAUUGUUUUGUUAAUUAUUUCUUUAUUGAACUAAUAUUUCAGAAGUCUGUAAAAAUAAUGUGUUAGAGUAAGGGUUAAUAAAUGACACUGGUAGCAACUACAUGGCUAAACCACUGCUUCUAUUUAUACAAAAUGAUGGCAGUAAAACCACUGGACCUGUGGAUGCCAUUAGACUUAGUCCCUGCAAUGCCAUAGACAUUACACACUACAAACUACAUGCUAAAGUGAUGAGCAACUUGUUGUGGUUUUCAUCCACCUGGCACUACCAGGGUUGAAUUCAGUUUAUUAUUAUUUUUUUAAAGAACAUUUUGUGUAGAAAACAAAUAUUAUUAAAUUAAGAUAAUUGGAAAUCCACGAGUGUCGCUUUAAGUUAGCAGGAAAUUAUAUUUUUCAAUCAGUUUACAAAUAAGAUAGGAAAUAGAGUUACUGUGUAUUCUAAAUUUAAAUAUAUUGACUCACAAAUCAAGCCAACCUGUGACUCCAGGCGGGACAGGAAAUGCUGAUCUGCACUAGUCAGUCGUCAGACCUAUUUGUCAAAGUGUCAAUUGUUGUGAAUUCAGAGUGAAUACAAUGGGAAUGUAAAUUAAAAUGCGAAAUUAACUUUAAAUUUACUGUACUUUGAAAUGCUAAUAUCUCACACUGAAUAACUGAGAUUUCUCUCCAAUCAUGGUGAAUAAUGCUACAUUUAGGUCUGGGGUAGAAUGUUCCAAAUAUUGCUCUCUAAUAUAAUAAAAUAUGAAUGUGAUUUACACUCUCAAACCACUCGUACUUAAAACUGCUUUAUUGUUAUUAUUGAGUACCAUGAAAGCCCUCCUUAGACUGCUUCUUUCAGGGAUAGAUGGACUCCUGCCAGUCUGAAUUUUUUGAUGAGUGCCCCUUUAGGAUCCCCAUGUCAUGUGGUCCAUGUGAAUUUGUCAAAUUUUUUGCCACAUGUUUAGUUAAACCUUUACUCACCUUAAGUGAACUAAUGUAUUUCUAAAAUGUUUUGUUAUGGUUUUAGGUAGCAACGCAUGAAAACUAAUCACGGCAGUUGAUUUAUGAUUUUUUUAUUUUUUCGAUUCAACUGGUUUUUCACUUGAAGCAUAUGAAUUAUGUAUACUCAAGGACAGCUCUUUUCAUGUAUGGCCCAUCAGCAUGUCCAAGCAGUAUAUGUCCAGAUCUCAUGGUGGGUCUGAUAAUCCUACAUCACACUCAUUCCUUCUGCCCCACAAUCCCCAAAAAAUUACCAUAUUUCAUUGUUCCAAUCAAUUCUUUAUGAUGUUUCCUUAGUAGCAUAAAUUAUAGGAUUAUAUAAAAUUUAAAGGGUUAGUCCAACCCUUUGUGGCUAAACGAUAUAUUUUUUAUUUAUAGCUAUAUUUUUUAUUUACAGGCCCCCCCUCUUAAUUUAAAAAAAAUCCUUGUAAAAGAAGAAAAAACUGGGCAAAGCUCCCUUCGCUGGUCUCCACGUACCAUCUAACUUCACUCCUCCCUCUCUGUGGUCCAAUCAAAUGCUUCUCACAGAGAUGCAUAUAAUGGGACUGUUCUCACCUGCUCCCUGUGCAUGCUUGUGCUCUGAGCUAGGGAGGGAGAGAGUGGACAUCGGAGGGAGGGUAUUAGAAAAAAAACCACUCAUUAAGGACUAUAGGGAGGAUGGGAUGGCUGAAAUGAGGGAGGGGAUAUCCAGUCUUCCCCUUGCAGGCGUGCUUCCUGCAUAUAUAGCAGCAAGUGAGAUUUCUGGCGCUUGUUCCUUAUGUGUACAGCAGCUAAAGCUUUCCCAAACCAGAGUCUCUUCUUUCUGGUCGUUGAUGCAAGUAAUACGGGGGAUGUAGGGAAGUAGCGCUUAACAAUUAAGAUCCUUGUGUUGAGUCCAAUGGAGCCAUAUAAGGGAGAAAACAAAAUGGGACAGGAAUACUAACAUAGUGUAGUAUGUCUAUAACAACAGAGGCAGAAUAUAAGGAAAAAAUAUAUUGCACUCACAAUUUUCUGGAGCUCAAGAUUAGCUCCAGAUCACAGCGUAUGGAUGGUACAAUCCCUGUCUGUGGAUGUUAGGAUGGUCCUGAUUUCCUCUGGUAUUGUAUCCCUGUGCCAAUAAUCCACGUGGUGUAUUCCAGACGAUGCUCCAGUGAUAUAUAUAUAGGAUAUAAAAGAAGAAUAAUGCUCUCUGUAUUAAUAAAACAAGUAAAAUAAAUAGAGAAAUAUACUCACAAUGGAUGAGCAAAUAGAGAUUACUCAGCCCUUUACAGCAUAGGUGGUUUGUCCCCCACCCGGGAAUGUGAGAUACAGCUUCUCAAAUAAAAAGAUGUCCAGUGAAGGUCCAGGGGUGCAAAUGCAGAUUAAUUUUAUUAAACAAAUAAAAAUCAAGUAACACACUAACGCCUUUCACCUAUUCAAAAGGCUUCAACACUUUACAGGGAUACGAUACCAGAGGAAAUCAGGACCAUCUUAACAUCCACAGACAGGGAUUGUACCGUCCAUACGCUGUGAUCUGGAGCUGAUCUUGAGCUCCAGAAAAGUGUGAGUGCAAUAUAUUUUUUCCUUAUAUUCUGCCUCUGCUGUUAUAGACAUACUACACUAUAUUAGUAUUCCGUCCCAUUUUGUUUUCUCCCUUAUAUUGGCUCCAUUGGACUCAACACAAGGACUUCAAUUGUUAAGCGCUGCUUCCCUACAUCCCCCGUUUUACGUGCUUCCUGCAUAUGUACAAGCUGAUAAUAUCUGUUGCUAGCAGGCAGUGCACACUGACAACAGACGUCAUUUUGACACAGAAUUAACAUUAGGCAGCCUUGAACAAAGUCACAUGGGUUGGAACUAGGCCCCGGCCCAAAAGUGCAUAAUUUUCUGUCUGUGCGGAGUUUCAAGUAGAAACACUGUACAUACAGAUUCCUACCAAUGUGUCCAUGUCUGUGACCAUGUCUAUAAGCAGAAGGUGGUCGUGGUGGUUACAGUUACCCUUUAAUGUUAGUAUUGGAACUACAUGACACCCAACGAGCCUUCUAUGCUUAACAAGGAUUAAAGGGAAACCACCCCGUCUCUGGAAACGACACCAUACAAUAAAAGACUGAAAAUCACAUGUAAUUUGUGCUGACCUUUUUCAUAUCAUGCUUUAUUCUCUUUUAAAUGUAUAUUUAAAUGUAGAAAUUGACAUCACAAUCCAGUUAAGCCAGGCCAUAUAUUGUAUUUUUGGGAAAACGAGAAACGUUGUUUCUGUCCCCACCUACUGAUACUAUAUUCAAUGGCAGUAAAUGAAGGUGCUUAUACCAGUGACAAAUAGGGAGCCAAGUCGGAGACACACAUUUCUAGAACAAAGCUAGAUACAAUUGUUUGGAUAUCAACAAUUAUUAUUAUUAUUUAUUUUUUUCAGAGUUCACAAACACAUAUUUGUUAAAUAUAUUGGAUAAGUAAAUAAUAAUAUUAAGAGUGAAGUGACAUUUCUCAAACAUGUAUCUAACAGGGAAGUGAAGUUCUCAAACAUGUAUCUAAUUCCAAGACUAGGCAACAUUGAUUUAAGUUUUUCAUUUAGAUAUUGAGUGUACGUUAUCAGCUAUGGUGAGAAUGUAGUGGUAAUAAAAUGUUAAGUUCACUAGCUUCACAAGUUCUGUCUAACUUUGCAGAACUGAGUCACCAUUGUCUUUAACGUUGAUUCUGUCUUUCAGAUGAACUUGAUAGGAACUUGUACAAUCGUGCUAGCGAGUAGAACUAACAAGUUUAUCUGAAUAUAACAGCUAAUAACCAUGAGAUAAACACUGAACCGAGAAAGGCUGGAGGUGAUGAUAGGGUUAUUAUUUUCAAUAUAGCAGGUCUGGCACUUGGCUAUAAGGCAUUGAACAAGCCCUUGUGUGUGGUUAACACAACAUUCUAGGCUUAAAAUGAGGCAUGUCAGCGUUGGCAUUUUAUGGGCGGCAGUGUGCCAAGGCUAAAAAAGGAAGCUACAUGCACACUGUACAAGCCCACAUUCUGUUAAGAAGCCUGCCAACGCGUUGCAUGCACAGGUACGUGUAAGCUGGCAUUUUCAGAGCUUCUUUUUUUUGAGCUGCCACAAGAAAACAUUGUAUGCUUAUUAAGACAUUUAGUUUUUGUCAAUUUUAUUUAUUUUCUUUGAUAUCCCAGAAAAGCAAGACAAUGAAUUGACAACCAAAUUGCAUGAUUUAGGCCAAAACAAAUAAGAUACAAAAUGAGCCACUGUUCCAGCUCGAUGAUUUAGCUUAUUGAAAUUCAUUUUAUUGAACAAACACCAGUAAUGGGCACUGUUUCAACAAACACCAGUAACGGCACUGUUUCACCUAAUACUUUCAUUAAUACAUAGUUUCAAUAAUUGCAUUUAUUUUUUAGGACAUUUUUAUAAAAUGUGCGAGAUCGUUUUUCUGCACUUUAAGCACCAAAACAACUUCAGAUUAUUGGCGUGGUUAUAGUUUAUAGAUCAUGCCCCUGCAGCCUUACUGCACAAUUAUCUUCCAUUUAAGAGUUAAAUUACUUUAUUUAUGCAGCACUAGUCACACCUCCCCUAGCUGAGACUCACAUAUUCCCUCUACACACUUCCUGAAAAAGUGGUCCAAUUUUUGAAAUUCUCUCAUUGCAGAGCGUGUUUGAUGUAGAAGGUCUUAUAUCCCGCUCUAUUAAUUGCCUGCAUGAACCUGCAGGCUCCUGUGUGGGGAUACAUUUUAAUAAACAUAGCAGGUUAUAAUAACCUCUAAAUCAAACACACUGUGCUGCAAGAUCAAGUUGAAAAUUAAACAUUUCUUUCAUAGAGGCUGCUCAGUAUUUUUCAGUAGCUUCCUCUCCUCAUCAAUGUUAUAUACUCCAAAACUUUUUUCAUCCCUAUGGUAGCCUGUGGGUUAUUAGCAUUAUAGUCAGUGUGUGUUUACCUAAGAUUGUACAAUGGCCUUAGCAAUACAACCAAGGGGAUAAAUAUAAUAUACAAUGAAACAACUGUAUCUAUUUUCAGAAUCAAUGCCCGACUUUCCAAUGGACUCAAACAAUGGAAAUUGUGGUGGAGCAGCAAGUGGUAAGAUCAUUUGUCUUAUUAAUAUUGCUAAUGUUUUUUUAAUUUUUUUUCUUUAAGCAAAUGUCAGAGCACACUAUAUUAGAAACCUCUAACUUUGAGCUUGUGAGCAAAGCUUCCCUACCUUUCAAAAUUACAUUGUAAGAAAUCUUUAGUGAUAUAUUGUUUUUUUAUAAAAAAAACUUUGUUAUUAGAGGUAUAUUCUGUAGAACCCAACAGUUCAGCAUAGGUUUUUCAUCCUCGUGUUCUGGCAAACAAGGGUGGACAGGUGCCCAUUUACUGCAAAUUCCUUGCCCCAUGAAUUAUGAUAGUAAGUAUAACUCUCUGCUGCUGACAUAGACCUAGGACUUGUUGAUUUACCCAAAUAUGUAAUUGACUGCAGAACCUGUAGCCCCAAACACAAGUUAUUCUCAAUCACUCAACUGCAUCAGAGGUGGUAGGUAGCAAACCAACUUGCAAAUCAAUAUUUUGGAAGUAAUCUCCGUAAUUACUGACAAAUAUUUUGACCUUGCUAUCUUUGCUGUCACUUGGAACAGUGUAUAUGUUUUAAUUGCAUAAUAUAUUCAUGCUAUUAAAAACACAUAACCAAAAAUAAAUACUCAAGUCCCUUUAAUUUGGGCAAAGAAGUGUAAUAAACUCUUCUUAUUAUUUUUAAUAUCUUUUUUUUUUUGCUUGAAUCGCUAAUUAUUUGUAGUCGUAUUGUGUGUUAAUAUUUGUCUAACUGUUCACUUUUUGUCUAAACAAAAUUAAAAUAACAUAUAUUUUAAACCUGGGAUGUGUAACCUGCACCUAAACUUAUAACAUAAAAACAAUUUGGGUAUAGAUUACUGCUCACGGAUUCAGAGCAAAUAAAAUUGUGAAAAGUUUUACUAUUUAAAUUAUAAAGUUAUCACUUCAUACAUUAUUAAAAUAUUGGUAAAUAAUUAAUUUUAUUUUGAAGAUUAUAUCUUGCAACAUUUCAGACACUGUCUGAUAUAUUUUUAGUAGUGUGUGUGGAACUGCACUCAUUCCCAUAAAUCUGAGCCAGGGUGCUUGCUGAACCGAAAUCAAACACCAGAUUUCCAAAUAUUAAUAAAGUAAUAGAGGUCUAGGCACUGGAAAAGAGACAGAUACUUUAUUAGGAACCACAACAGCAACAUUUCGACCCUAAAAGGUCUUUGUCAAGCUGACAGACUAACAUACACACACAGUGACUGAUGCAGAUUGACACACACACACUGACCCAUGCAGACACAAACACACACACACACUUUACUCAAGCAGACGCACACACUUUAUCCAAGCAGGCACAUACACUUUACCCAAUCAGACACCCACACUGAUCCAAACACACAAACAGACUGAAGCAGAUACACACACAAACACUGACCCAAGCACAGACAUACACACACACACAUACUGACCCAAGCAGACACACACACUGACCCAAGCUGACAAAGACCCAAGCACACACACACACACACACUGAUCUAGACACACACACUGACCCAAGCAGCCACACACACACUGACCCAAGCACACAAACACACACACACACUGACUCAAGCAGACACACACACUGAUCCAAGCAGACACACACUGACCUAAGCACACACACAUAAACACUGAUCCAAGCAUAAACACACUGAUCCAAGCACACACACACACGAGUGCACACACACACACACACACUGAUCCAAGCACACAAACACACUGAUCCAAGCAUACACACACACUGAUUGAAACAGGCUGACAUUGACACACACACAUACACACUGAUCCAAGCACACACACACAUACACACUGAUCCAAGCAUACAUGCACUGAUCCAAGCACACAGACACACACACUGACCCAAGCACGCACACAUACUGACCCAAGCAGACACACAAAGACCCAAGCACACACACACAGUAAUCUAGACAUGCACUGUCCCAAGCAGCCACACACACACUGACCCAAGCACACACACACUGAUUCAAGCAGACACACACACCCUGAUCCAAGCACACCCACACACAUAAACACAGAUUCAAGCAUACACACACACUGAUCCAAGCAGAGACAAACUCUGAUCCAAGCACACACACACACACACACACACACACACACACACAUAUAAGCACUGAUCCAAGCACACACACACACACACACAGAGAUCCAAGCAGACACACACAUUGAUACAAGCACACGCACUGAUACAAGCAUACACACACUGAUUGAAACAGGCUGACACUGACACACACAUAUACACACUGAUCCAAGAACACACACACUGACCCAAGCACACAGACACACACAUACACACUGAUUCAAGCACACACACACACACACACACACACACACACAUACACACUGCUCCAAGCACACAUACACACUUAUCCAAGCACACACACACACACACACAUACACACUGAUCCAAGCACACAGACACACACAUACACACUGAUCCAAGCAUACACACACUGACUGAAACAGGCUGACACUGCCACACACACACCAUGAAGUCCCCCACUUGCCUUUAUUUAAUAUUUUCUCUCCGUGGGUCCCAGUCCAGGCCUGGCUGCCUUCAUUUUCUUUAAGUUCUUCCCCCGCUGUAGUCCCGACCACUUGAACCCGAGUGUAGGGGAAGGGGCGGAGUGAUUGUAUGAUGUGCCCAUGCACUGCGGCUUUGGAGGUAUGUAGGAGGGGGGGGCAGCUCUGUGAUCCUGGUUGGCUAAGGAUGAUGGCACCAGGCGCUAGUCUGCAGCCAUAUAAGUGCUCCCUAGAGCCCGGUACCAUCACCUGCGAGACGCCAAACACAAUUUGACCCACAUAGAGGGGCUGCCCAAACCAGCAGUUAAGCUGCUGCCGGCACCCCCUCUUAAGUAGCGCCCUAGGCGGCCGCCUAAUCAGCCUAUAUGGCGCGCCAGCCCUGCUCCUGACUUCUUGAUUAUAUACUGAGACUCAAUGAAGUAGAAAUAGCCCAUAUUAUUUUCAAUGCAUUUUGUAGCUAACACAUUAAAAUAAAUGAAAAAAAAAUAUUAAGAAUAUUAAAAUAAAUAAAAAAUAUUUACCGAAACAGAGCAGAAGACAAAUGGGCAACAACUCAAUUAGCUUGCCCUUUGGUGAGUCAGUUCUAAGGCUAGUUUUAGCUCAACUUGUGCCAUUACAGAGAGAACCUAAACUGUUUGCAUAUCAGACUGAUCCCACCCUAUAGGUCAGUCCAACUCUGAAAAACCAGUCCAACUCUGAAAAACCAGUCCAACUCCAAAAAGUAAUACAGCAACCCCAGAUGAUUGUUUCGGCAUUGGUGAGCCUCAUUAGCGCAGUGUGACUUUUACCAUCUAGGCAUAGUAAGCAAGGGGUCCAUGUCUAGGUUAGAAGAUCAUCUUAGUGAGAUUACAUUAGAAGACACUAAGUAGAAGACAAAAAUACUUAAAUUCCAAGAGCUCUAUAACAGCAAGCUUAGAGAAGCUGACAGCAGCUUGAACAGAUCCCUCCAUCACCAAUAAGAGUCUUCACCACUCAGGAGCUUAAUAAUCCAAUGUAUGUGGUCUUAUCAUAUUCUCGUUAUGGCAUAGGUUGUUUAUUCCCAGCAGUUGUCCAUAGAUCUGCUCUUUAAACUUGCAGGCAUGCUGCAGUUGUUAUCGAGAAAUACAUAGCCUGGUUUAUAGCUUUGUGAACCUGCUGUGUGCAGCGAUCAUGAGAGCCUUUGAACAUGCAUGAACAAGGCUGUGUCCCAUAUCUCUUUCAGGGGAAGGGAAUGAGAUUAGUCUAAGUGGUGUAUGUGCCAUGUGCAAUUUUUUUGCACAACUUGAAAACAUUUUUCAUAGAAAAAAAGUUCUGUUUUUUGCAUGCCGCAUUUUCUAACAUGCAAUUCUAAAAACAAUGGGCAGUUAGAAAAUAGUGAGAAUUGGGUUAGAGAACUGACAAUCUGACCAACAGUGUGUAAACAAUGGCUGUCAGAAAUGGGAAGUUUUCUUCAAAAUCUUAAAGUGACACUAUAGUCAUCAAAACAACUUAAGCUUAAUGAAGCAGUUUUCGUGUAUAGAUCAUGCCCCUGAAGUCUCACCACUCAAUUCUCCACUAUUUAGAUGUUAAAUCACUUUUGUUUCUGUUUAUGCAGGUGUCGCCACACCUCCACUGACUGUGACUCACGUAGCCUGCAAAAAAUAAUGGUUUCUCUUUCAAUCAGAUGUAACGUACUUUAAAAGUUUUUAUUUCCUGCUCUGUAAAUUAAACUUUAAUUACAUACAAGAGGCUCCUGCAGGAUCAAGCAAGCUAUUAACAGAGCAGGAGAUAAUACAUUCUAAAUUAGACAGUAUUUUCAAUACAGGAAGUGUAAACAUUAGAUGACUCUUUGCAGGAAGUGUUGGAAGGCUGUGUAAGUCACAUGCAGGGAGGCGUGACUAGGACUGCAUAAACAAAGUGCUUUAACUCCUAAAUGGCAGAUAAUUGAGCAUUGAGACUGCAGCAGCAUGAUCUACACACCAAAACUGCUUCAUUAAGCUAAAGUUUAUUUGGUGACUAUAGUGUCCCUUUAAAUAUACAUGAAUAGCUAAAAAAAAAUAGGUAUGUAAUAAUAUAAAAAUUAGAUUAAGAUAUUAAAGCUAUUAAGUUGAUGUUAGUGUUCCUUUAAGUUAAAAUGUAUGAAUUAAGUUGUAUUAAGGGGUAGGAGUGAUGCAAAGUGCUUUAUUGAAAGCUAUCCUGUUAGUUCGCUCCUUAUAUUCUACUUUUUUAAAAUUGUUAAAUGGGUGGGGGACAUUAUCCAGGAAAAUGGAUGUUCACCUGUUCACUUCAAUAAUGUAAAAUUACCUGUCUAAUAUUAAGCAAACCCUAAUCAGAUGUAUAGCUUUGCUACUGAUGACAGCUCUAGACUUCAUCAAGCCAAAUGAAUUACUAAGACAAUAGAAGACGUAUUGCCAGCUCAAGUUGCUGCAAGGUGAAAACAGAGCAGCUUUGAGAUAUUAUUCAAAUUAUGUUUUACUAAACAUUAGCCCAGCAAUUUUCCUGAUGGGGAAAGGAAGUGGUCUGAAAUGCAGACCAGCAGAAAACCAGGGCAACAGUUUCAUUCCAAAGUAAAAAAAAAAUAAUUCCUUUUAUAAUGGUGUCUUUGUUCAUUCAUUCCUGCACUUUCGCAGGUUAAACAUGAUUGUACCCAUUUUUGGUCAUUUGGCAUGCAAACUUGUGUGAACCGUGCCCAGAUAUAUCUGAACCAACAGUCAGCCUUAAGAUUUGUAGUGUAACGCCUGAUUCUGUGCGAGUAUACAGUUUUCUGAGAAACAGCAAUAAUAUUCUCCGAAAUUAUUCCCGUCCUCAUAAAGCAAGGUUUCAUACUAGCUUAUACGAGGUGUAAUGAUAUUCAUAACACGGUUUAUGUCUUCUCACACCAGUCCACACAAAUGCCAACUUGAAUUGCUGGGGGCUGCCAUCUUUACUGGCUUAGAAAUUUACGUAGAAGUAGCUGAAGGCAGAAAUGUAUCUUGUUUGUUGUUACAACGUGUUUUUGUUCAAGUAUAUGUUGUAUACUGUAACAGACCGUUUUGCACACAAGAGGUUAAAAGCCGUUUAGGAGAUAUUCCCCUUCCAGAUAUACAGGCAGCUACCAAAGACACCAAUCCGCCGAACAGGAAACCAUAUGAAUGCCGUAAACAGCCUAUACAAAUAGGUUUACACUCCUAGCAGUCAAACUGGAACAGCAUACAAUAAAUCCCCCCAAGAACGAGACAAGGCUCCGUUUUGAAGGUCAAGCAGGAACAGACAGAGCUGUGGGUUUAUUGUUCUUAUGUACACAUUCUUACACAUUAGUACCACCCACAGGGUUUUGGAAAACAACCAAUAAACAUGUACAAUACACUCAGACACUCCCACACAAAAUCCUCCCCUCUGCCUGUGAUACAAUUUCCUUACACAAUGGGUAAUGUAAUUAUCACAGCCAGAGAAAUACAGUUUUUCCACAUUAUUCAUAACUUGAAAAGUAUGCAUCACAUUCACAUACAGAAUCAGCAUACUCCAAAUACAAACAUAUGUCAAAAUCAUCCAAAUUGGUCCAUUGGUUCAAAAGAUAGAUCGAAGUCCUUCUGGCUGUAGGAACGAUCCCGCCGCUUGCCACCAAUGGACCAAUUUGGAUGAUUUUGAUAUAUGUUUGUAUUUGGAGUAUGCUGACUCUGAAAAUGUAAGUUGAAUAUUCGGCGGAUUGGUGUCUUUGGUAGCUGCCUGUAUAUCUGGAAGGGGAAUAUCUCCUAAACGGCUUUUAAGCUCUUGUGUGCAAAAUAGUCCGUUACAUAUACAUUUUAUGUUUGAUCACCAAUGUGCAAGCACUACAAAUCCAGAAGCAAUUUUUUGAAAUCAGUUGUAUAGACGUCCAGGAAGGGCUGGCUAGAGUGGGGUGAGGGCAAUUGCUGCCAAAGUCACUGGCAUACUGGGCAGGAUGAGCUGCAGCUUCAAAGCACCGUUCUUCAGCUGAUUAAAACAGCAUAAUCCUUACAAAGUGGUUAACAGUCAUUCUUUAAAGGGGAACUGCCAUUUUUCAGGAUUCUUAAUAAUAAAAUGUUAGUUUAGUCCCUAUAGUCCCUUUAUUUAGCAAAUAUGUUUUCAUGAGAACUAAAAUAAUCACAUUAAAUUAAGAAAUCUUCGCAUCUAUAAUGGAACUUGGACACUCCAUUUUUUCUGCCAUUGGACAUUAAUUUUGGAAGAGGAUAGAUUGAACAGUUGUUUCUGCUUUCCUCAUUUGCAUUGUGUGCCUUGGCUGUGCCUGGAUCGUACUGAAUUGUGAUGUUAUUUUCUAAAUUGGUUAUAUAGAUUUGGAAAGAAAAUGGAGCAUUUAAUAAAAAAAUGAUUACCAGUUAUAGGAGAUUUCUAUUGUUUUCUUCAAUUAUAUAAUCUCUGGAGAAGAGACAGUCCCUCUUUAAGGCUGGGAAAUCAUACUACUGGGAAUCUAUGAUUUGACUUUCUCUGCACUAAAAAUAAUUCUUUCUGAUUUGUGCUAGAAACUAAAAAAGACAUUUUAGGGUUAUUCACUAAAGUAUUAAUUCAAAGCAUAUUUAAAACUUAAGGCCAAAGUAGCCGAAAUGGAAUUAUAGCUGGCAUAGACAAUGUUUCCAGUUGGGCUAUGUUUACCUUGAAUUUGAAAUCCAUUUUGAAUUCACUUAAAAUUGUCACUUUAUUGAAUAACCCUGACCUGAUGUUAUCAAAGCUUGUGCAAACCGGGGCCCUUUACGAUGACCUUGGUACAAUUUCAAGUAGAGUUAGGCCUUUUAUCUGUGUGCCCCACGUCACUCUUAGAAUUGUUUAGAUAUAUUUCUAAACUGAUAAUUCUAUGACGAGGUCUAUUAGAUUAAAAAUCCAGAUAUUUCAUUUUUUUGGUUCCCUGUAGUGAAAAGCGGUUUGCUCUGUUGAUGAUGCGUCUGUCACUAAAAGAGUUAAAGUCAUGUUGAAAUUCUGGCAGACUGUCUAUAGAGACAAUGCUACAGACAUGCUGUAAACAUUGAAUGAAUUUCAAUGAGCAACUAACUGCGCUUAAAUGGGACAUUUUAAGAAGUCCUGGCAAGUUACAAAAAAAAUCAAACAGAAAAUAAACUUUGUUGAUUUUUUAUCUAAUUUUUAGUGAUGUUUUGUGGAUUUGUUUAAAGUGUAACUAUAUUGCUAACUGUGUAAGUGAACAUUAAUUACAAUUAUAAAAAGUGACUAAUGUUUAAAUGCAUGUAAGUAGAUCGGUCCAUUGUUUGUGCCCCAAAAAGCAUGAACAUACGCUAGUUAUUUACCCCUAAGUAAACAGAUUUUGUACAUAUUUAUCCUUCGUUUUAGCUGAUAUAGCAUAUUGAAUAAACAACAUUAUAGGAACUGUUUUUUAUUUUUGUUAUUGUAGUUAUAACAUGAAUGCAAAAUGAAAAAUGUUAUUUUAUUUUUGUGACUGUGCAACAUUUGCGUAAUGUCUGCGUAAUACUGCCCAACUGUCACCCCUUAAGUAAACUGUAUGUUAAGCCAAAAUAUGGUAUAAAAUACCUAUUAGUGGAGCACUUUACAAAUCUAACCUUUAUAGGUGUUUCUUCAACUUACCUCUCAAAUACAGUAUUGUAGGGAACUUGAAAUUACAUCAAAUGAGAAAAGAAAAAGGAACAAAAUAAUGCAGAUAGUCUAAAAUAGCAAUCAAUUAUGUAGAAAGCAGCUGGAACCACUCACAUGUUCCGGAACCUAUAAAAUAUUAUCUCCGUAAGCUCUAAGGGCAGCAACACACCACUUCCACAGCAAAGUCUCCUCCAAAGGGGAUAUAAGAAGAGAAGCAACUAAUUGUAUUGUACUUAGAAAUUUAAAACUAAUGGUAAGUAUUAAGCUCACCUUAUUAAGAGCCUUCAGUUCUUGGCUUCAGGGCCGCCAUCAGGGGUUGAACGCUGACGGUUGUCGCGGGCCCAGUGGCCCUGUAGGGCCCGGGCACCAUGUGUAGUGGCGGACAAGGGCCCGCACGCUGAUAGGGACCCAGUCUGCGUUGUGGCUGUGUAAUAGCGCGACCAGGCCCCUUUAAAAAUGCCAGCCGCACCGCAAGUAAUGCUGGGAGGAAGUGACAGCCAGUCACUUCCUCCCAGCUCACUCCGCACGGGAAGGAGGAGGCAGAAUGGAGAUCUCCCAUCAGCUCCAGCCACCCUCCUGCAACAAAAAGGUAAGAAACAGGAGGGUGGCUGAAAAAUGAGAUGUGUAUCUGUAUGUAUGUCAGUAUGUAUGUAUGCAUGUGUAUGUAUGCAUGUAUGUAUCUGUAUGUAUGUGUGUAUGUCAGUAUGUAUGUGUGUGUAUGUCAGUCAGUAUGUAUGUAUGUAUGUGUCUGUAUGUCUGUGUGUAUGUCAGUAUGUAUGUCAGUAUGUAUGUAUGUGUCUGUAUGUGUGUAUCUGUAUGUAUGUGUGUAUGUCAGUAUGUAUGUAUCUGUAUGUAUGUGUGUGUAUGUCAGUAUGUAUGUAUGUGUCUGUAUGUCAGUAUGUAUGUCAGUAUGUAUGAAUGUGUGUAUGUCUGUAUGUAUGUCAGUAUGUAUGCAUGUAUGUCAGUAUGUAUGUGUCUGUAUGUAUGUGUCCUAUGACAGUAUGUAUGUCUGUAUGUCAGUAUGUAUGUCAGUAUGUAUGCUGGUGUCUGUAUGCAUGUGUGUAAAUCAGUUUGUAUGUAUGCAUGUGUGUAUGUCAGUAUGACAGUAUGCAUAUCUGUAUGUCAGUAUGUAUGUAUGUCAGUAUGUGUGUAUGUCUGUAUAUAUGUAUGUCAGUGUGUAUAUAUGAAUGUGUCUGUAUAUAUGUGUGUAUGUCUGUAUGUAUGUGUCUGUGUGUAUGUCAGUAUGACAAUAUGUAUGUAUGUAAGUCAGUAUGUAUGUCUGUAUAUCAGUAUGCAUGUCUGUAUGUCAGUAUGUGUAUAUAUGUCUGUCUGUAUGUAUGUGUGUGUGUGUCAGUAUGUAUGUUUGUAUGUAUGAAUGUUUGUCUGUAUGUCUGUAUGUAUGUAUUAUGUGUCUGUAUGUAUGUCAGUAUUCAUGUAUGUGUCUGUAUUUAUGUCAGUGUGCAUGUAUGUCUGUCUGUAUGUGUGUGUGUGUGUGUCUGUAUCUCUUUAUGCAUGUGUGUAUGUGUCUGUGUGUCACUAUGUAUGUCUGUGUGUCUGUAUUUGUGUGUGUGUAUCUGUUUCAGUAUGUGUGUCUGUUAGUAUGUAUGUGUGUGUGUGUGUCAGUAUGUGUGUAUCUGUGUCCUUUUGUAUCAGUGCAUGUGUCUGUGUUUGUGUCUGUGUAUCUAUUCCUGUGAGCAGGAUUUGGAGGCAGCCCCUGGGGGGCGGGCUUAGAGGAAGGCCCCAGAGGCCCCAGGCCUUGAGCUGUGUUAGGGGACCCAAAAUUUCUGAUGGCGGCCCUGUCUGGCUUUAACGGUAAUAGGCAGGGUGCCAAAUUGCUGGUGAUGGCACCACCCUAAUGAAGAUUUUCAGAGGCUUCAAAAGACUUUUGGAAUGAUAUAUACAAUUUAUUUAUUACAAAUAAAAAACAUAUAUAGUAAAUGCUAUGAAAGAUAAAGAGUCCAAUAAAAAGUCCAAAUUGCUUAGUUUAAGAGAGUUUAAGAGAGCUAAGUUUAAAGGACCACUCUAGGCACCCAGACCACUUCAGCUUAAUGAAGUGGUCUGGGUGCCAGGUCCAGCUAGGAUUAACCCAUUUUUUUAUAAACAUAGCAGUUUCAGGGAAACUGCUAUGUUUAUAAAUGGGUUAAUCCUUCCUCCAAAGCCUCUAGCGGCUGUCUCAUUGACAGCUGCUAGAGGCGCUUGCGUGCUUCUCACUGUGAAAUUCACAGUGAGAGCACGCAGGAGUCUAUAGGAAAGCAUUGUACAUGCUUUCCUAUGCGACCGGCUGAAUGCGUGCGCAGCUCUUGCCGCGCGUGCGCAUUCAGCCGAAUGGGAGGAGAGGAGGAGGAUCGGAAGAGGAGAGCUCCCCGCCCAGCGCUGGAAAAAGGUAAAUUUUUACCCCUUACCUCUCCCCAGUGCUGGGCGGGAGGGGGGCCCUGAGGAUGGGGGCACCCUCAGGGCACUAUAGUGCCAGGAAAACAAGUAUGUUUUCAUGGCACUAUAGUGGUCCUUUAAGUGAGUUCUUUUAAGAGAGCUAACAGAAGCUCCUAGCAGAAGCUUCAGUUUGUCAUACCAGAACAAGAAAGGCUGGGGCUGGCGCUCAGUAAACACCAGGUAAGAAAUCUAAUCAUUAGAAAGUUGUUUAAUUACUUACUUUGUGGUAAGCCAGGGUACACCUGACACCAUAACCACUACAACACACUGUAGUGGUUAUAAUCAUUGGAAUGUUCUUUUAAAUACUUAACUAAGCAAUUAUACAAGUCAGGGCCGCCCUAUCCAUUGGCCUGAGUAAGGCCAUGGCUCCAGGUGGCACUGUGCAGGGCUUGGGCCGGCACUACCUUAGGGUGCACCGGCCCGGUGGGUCCUGGAUCCGGCUGACCAGCAGAAGGGGAGUGCACUGCACAUCUUCUUAUAUUUUCAAUAUGAACAAUUUAGUUGCAUUUUAAUAUUUCUCUGCAUAUUUCAAAGUAUUAUGCUUUAUAUUAAAAGUGAAAGACAAGAAAUAAGAAAUAGUGGUUUGGUUUGAAGAAAAAAAUAAAAGUAAAGUUUAUUGCCUUUGUAUAAAGCAGAGGUAAGACUCAACCAUAAAUAUGUGUGUGGUUUGAGUACCUGUCCACAAGAAGAACUUUAUGGGUUUUUGGAACAUGUGCAACACCAAUAUUCAGGGCUUCUCUAAGGAAUUUUGCCGCCCCAGGUAAAAAAACAAACAAAAAAACUAACUAUGCCCAUGGUGUGACAUCACAGUGCCCCACCCAUACAAUUCUGGGGUUCAGUAGGGAGCUGCUGGGACCAUGAUGCGCAUUGACUGUGCAGCUCCAUGAAGCUCCAUUCUGAUGCCGAGGCUCGGGUAAUAUCACAUCGCAGAUGCCGCAUACACACUGUUCUUGUUUUUAUUUACAUCCUCACACCUGAUGAUUGUCCCUUACUGUCCAUUACUAAAUUAACCAUGCUCCCUACUCAAUAUACAUUCUAAUUUUCUAUGUCAAUUAAACUCUUCUCUCCCCAAACUAGAUCCUCACAUUGCCCUGCAAUUAACACCUCUCCCAAUCUAGAACCCCUAAUUUAUCUGAAAUUUACCCCCUCUCCCAAUCUAAAACCCCUAAUUUAUCCCUUUUACAUGAAACUUACCCCCUCUUCCUACCUUCCCUCAAUUUAGCUGGUAAACCUCUUCAAUAACCCUGUUUACAUACUUGUUUUUCCCCUCUCGUUUUGCCCUAGACACAUAAAGAGACAAGCUAACACAGAAACACACAUCACAUAUUUACACAAUGAUACAGACACUGCACUUGAUAUUCCAAUAUAAAAACAUAAGGAGUCAGACAUUCACACACACACACACACACACACUGCACUUGAUAUUCCCAUAUAAACACAUAAGGAGUCAGACAUUCACACACACACACACACACACACACACACACACACUGCACUUGAUAUUCCCAUACAAACACAUAAGGAGUCAGACAUUCACACACACACACACACACACACACACACACACACUGCACUUGAUAUUCCCAUACAAACACAUAAGGAGUCAGACAUUCACACACACACACACACACACACACACACACACACUGCACUUGAUAUUGCCAUAUAAACACAUAAGGAGUCAGACAUUCCCACACACACACACUAUUUGCUGCCAUCCUUUAAGUUGCCAUCCAUCUUUGGGUCUGCCUGGGUAGCCAGUACAGCUAGCAACCCACAGCAGGCACCCCCUGUGAAUUAGAGCACUAGGCCACAACCGAAGUGGUCAAAUGGAAGCACCAGCUCUGCCAAUAAUAAAGGGAAUGGAGGAUCCUAAUUAUGAAAAACAGCAAGAAAAAUGAUAUAAUUUAAUGUUUACAUUAGACAAAAGUAACGUGAUAACUUGAUAUAAAUGUAUAAAAUAUUAACAGAAACUGAAUAAUAAAAUGUUAUUGAGACUCAAGCACUGGAUAUUUCUUCGAAAGAAAUGGCAAAGUAUUUUUAUAGUCAGAUUGUCACAUUCGAGAAGGAAUCUAACCCCCCCUCCACCCCCAAGUGGAAAUAUCGUCAAAGGGAUAGACUGCUUUGAAACAUUGAUGUUUGAAAGAUUGAACUUGAUAGAUGCUGUUUCUUUUCAACCUGGAAUACAUCGUAACACUUAGAUCAGUGAUCUAGAACAGGAUCCAUUUAUGGAACAAGGACUAGAGGCAGCAAAAUGUAAAUCUUAAACCAGUCAUGUAUAUUCUAUGGUUCACACGGCAUUGCUACAAGAGCACUAAUAAAGGAUAUCUUAUGCCAACUCAAUGUCUUUUCUUUUUCAGACAGGAAUGGGGUGGUUUAAAAAACCCCAAAAGCCUAUCGAUAUAAUUAAUUUACGACCACUAUUGUGGUUGCUGCCUUAUAGUGCAGAAUAGUGUUAUUGUUCAUUUGUACCCCAUAACCUCUUUUUCCGAUGUUCUCUUUUCUCCAGAGCAUUGUAAAUGUAAACCCAUGAAAGCGUCUCAAAAGACAUACAUCAAGAACAAUUACAAUUAUGGUAAGUAUCAAAGCAUACAAAAGAUUUUCUUUUUCUCAACAGGAUUAUAUGUAUGGAUUUGUCCUUUUGCCUUUCAUCGCUGAAAAGCUGCAGUAGAUGAAUAAAGUGCUAAUUAUGUUAUUUCAGGUCAAACGAGCAAACAAGGAGUCACAACUUUGUGAUCUAACGCAGCCCACCCACCGCGCACUUUAGGACAGACCAUCAUUUUUAUUGCCAUUAAAUACAUUCCACGUACAAAGCUUUUAAGAAGUUUAAUUACCCAGUUAAUGUAUUCAAAUCAUACUAACAUACAGCCCAAGUGAACUAUUAUACUGUUGUUGCGUAUAUAUAGUUCUCUACCUGCAGUGUCUCACAGCCUUAGUUUCCAUUCAUCAAAAAGUCAUCCGAUCCUUUUGUCCGUACAAGGUUGAUGAAAUAAAUGCAAUUAAAUGAAUCUAAUGACAUCUAAACAGUAGGGUUUUCUGGGAAGCUAGCUGAAAGUUUAAUGUUGCUUUCCCAAGUAAUUACUUUGAUAUAGUUGUAUGUGCUGAUUUGUACAUUUUAUUCCUGUAUUUAUAUAUCUCUGAUAUGAUAGUACCAUUAUUCCUUUUGACUUUAUAAUGUUGUUAUGACUAAUUCAUGUUCAUACUGUUUUUAUGUCAAGUAAUUCGAGCAAAAGUUAAGGAGGUCAAAGUAAAAUGCCAUGAUGUCACUGCUGCCGUAGAAGUGAAGGAGAUUCUGAAAUCGUCAUUAGUGAAUAUCCCUAAAGAUACAGUGACAUUGUAUGCCAACUCUGGCUGCAUGUGCCCACAGCUGGUAGUCAACGAGGAAUAUAUUAUCAUGGGCUAUGAAGACAAAGAGCGUACCAGGUAAGACAGCAUUUUAAUAGAUAUAAAGUAACGUUAAAGGGACACUGUAAUCACCAGAACUACUACAGCUUAUUGCAUUUGUUCUGGUGAGUAUAGUCAGUCCCUGCAGGCUUUUUGCAGUAAAUAAUUUAUUUUCAGGAAAAAGGCAGUGUUUUCAUUACAGCCUAGGGAUAUCUCCAUUGGCCACUCCUCAAAUGGCAACUAGAGGUGCUUCCUGUGACAGUGCUGCACACUGUGCAGUACUGCCAUUCAGUGUCUCCAACCUUUGCAUAGAGACACUGAACCCUCCUCUUGAGGUGCAUUGAUUCAAUGCAUCUCUAUGAGGAGAUGCUGAUUGGCCAGGGUGGCUUUGUAUUCCGCCCCCUGCCUCAUCUCAUUGGCAAUCUCAGUCAACCUAAUGCGUUCCACUUCUGAUGAUGUCAGCCAAGGAGGCAGGAAAUCAGUACCAGCAGACUGGAAUAAAGUUAAGAUUUUACUAUAUUUAGGGGGUAGGAGGGCUAGAUAGGGAUUUUAUCACUAUAGGGUCAGGAAUACGUGUUUGUGUUCCUGACCCUAUAGUUUUUCUUUUAUAGUGUGAAGUCAGGUUGAUAGAUAUAUAUAUCACUGUUAAAUCCAUAUCAGCAUUGCAAAUUCAUAAUCUACACAAAUUAUAUACCCUUUAACUAACUCACUGAGUAAAAGUUUACCAGGCAACAACUGUGUGUGUUAAACAGAUCCUUUUCAACAGGGAUGUUCAUACCAAUCAUUAGACUUGUGCAUUCAGUUCCAAUGAAUUGUGACUUGUGUAAAUGUUUGGGGGUCAGCGAGACGUCCGGAUUCCGUAACUCUGAAUCGCCAUAUAACCGAAUCAUGAAACAAAUGAAAUGGGGACUGGGUGAGCUGUUUCAUUUAUUUUGUGAUUCAGAGUUCUAUCUCUGGCGCCAAAAAAAGAGUUGAUUAAUGGGAAAAAAUUAUGAUAUAUGUUGCAGUACACUGAUAGGUUUAUUUCUCAUGCCAUUUGGUUCACAGGUCAAGGGAUAAGUGACUAAUAGAGCGACACAUUAUAUAAAUAAUAUUUAUGUAUUAUGUAUUUAAUAAACAUAUAAUAUAUAAAUACAGAUUUAUUUGUUUACUGCUGCUCCUAUUUUUCUCUCUGUUUGUUACUUCUGACCUAAUCUGUGAACUAAAUGGCGUGAAAAAGAGCUUAUUGGUGUAGUGCAAAAUAUAUAAAUAAUAUUGAUAUAAUGUAUAUAUUUUUUAAUACACUAAUAGGUGCAUUUUCACAUCGUUUUGGUUAGUCUGAAUUAUUUUUCCUAAAACAAAAUUCGAACAGAAACACCACAUAGACACUGUGCACACGUCUACCAAUCACUACUGGUAUCCGGUACCAAUAGUUUUAUCAAUACACUCAUUUGAACUAAUCAUUCUAUUAGAUCUCUUAGUUCUUACAGCACUGAUUUUAAAAUCCUCAAAACCUUAUAUUGAGUGUAUUUAGGAAAAAUAACCCCGCUCAAAAACCUGCUACAUGCUGGGUUACUCACUAAAAUGAGAAUUAUUGGGAAAUCAAAAUGAAUUUAAAAUUUAAGGCCAACGUAGUGAAACUGGAAAAAUGGCUAACUUGGAGAUUUUUCCCAGAUCGCUAUUUUGGAAGAAAUCUAGAAUUCAAAUUGAAUUGUCAAUGAUUCUUCCUUUAGUGAAUCACGUGGUUAGUAAUUGUAGAAUAUUGCAUAUUCUAUGUUUCUAUUGAUUAUAUAUAUGGAUGUGUGGAUUGACAUAAGUAACAGAUGGUAUCAAUAAGUCACAAGGCUUUCUUUGUCCGAGAGCUCUGGAAUGUGGAUUCGGGGGUUUUGUCCUUAUAUGGCUAGAGUUAUAUGCUGACGUUACUAUUAGCACUUCUAUAUAGUAACAGAGGGACACGAGGUCUCGCAGUCUUAGUCCUGUCUUGGCUUGGCUCUGUACAACGAUGUAACUCUCCCAUCAGAAGUCCAGCAAUUACCAUCUGCUGUUGAAUGUCUAUAAUCCUGUAACAUCAUUUAUUAUGCUUUAUUAUGUAUCCGUAACAAAGAAUAAACCAGAAGAAACCGUAAGUUAGAUUGCGUAUUACUACUUUUCAAUAAUAUAGACAUAUAUUAUUGUGGCGAGCAUUUGGCCCAAGAAUAUAUAUACAAAAGACGUAUAUAUAUCAAUCAACUGAAGACAAGAAGAAAUUAAGAAAGAGUCUACAUUAACAUCCAUUCAUCUAGUUUUUUACAGUAAUGAUAUGUUUAGCCUAAACAGCUAUAAUACCAUGAUGUUUGCUCAUCGUUGCAUUUAAAUCGGAAAGUAUUAAACCCAAGUCAAAUAGGUGUACAUCUAUAAAUAUGAUGACUCGCUAUAAUUAACAGAUUAAAUGACAAUUCACAUUUACCAAUAUUUUAUGUGACGGAAAACGAAGCACAGACUGUGUAGUCCACAUCAUCAUAUGACACCAAUAGGCUACCCGUGACAUUGUUUGAUUUACGUACACAUUCAUAUGGAUUUGAAAGCCAGGUUGGAUAAAGAAAUAGUAGGUGAAUUAGAGUUCAGCCAAAACAGAAGCAUCUUUCUAUGAGGGAGUGAGUCUUUACUUAAACUGGUACAAUUAUUCUAGUGUCCUCAUGCUGAACCAGGUAUGUAGAAUCAGUUAGUAAAAGAUUAAUAGCUGAAAAUGGAGACAAUGUCAGAAACAUUACAAGCUAUAAGAUUACAUCAUGGGAGAGAUUUAUCAAGACAUCAACUUGUUACUCAUAGGUUCUACAGUACAAAUAGAUUAAUGGCAAGGCACUUGGCGUGAUUAAGAUGGAAUGCUUCCAGUUUCGUUCUUAAAGGGACUCUAUAGACACCAAAACAACUUUAGUUUUAUUAAAGCAGUUUUGGUGCAUAGAUCAUGCAGUCUUACUGCUCAAUUCUCUGCCAUUUAGAAGUUUGAUCACUUUUGUUUCUGUUUAUGCAGCUCUAGGCACACAUUCCGCGUGUUUCAUUUUCAGUCUUACAGCACAGUGUGUUUACUUUAGAAGUGUUUAUCUCCUGUUCUGUUAACUGAACUUUAUUUACACACAAGAGGCUCUUGCUGGCUCUAGCCAGCUAAUCACAGAGCAGUAGGUAAGAAAUGAUAAUUUAACAGACUGUGCAAUAAAGGAUGUUUAAACAUCAGGUCUCUCUUCACAUUAAGUGUGUAGGGAGACUGUGCAGGUCACAUGCAGGGAGGUGUGACUAGGGCUGCAUAAACAAAGUGAUUUUACUCCUAAAUAGCAGAUAAUUAAUCAAUUAGACUACAGGGGCAUGAUCUAUACACCAAGAACACUCCAUUAGGCUAAAUUUGUUUUGUUGCUUAUAGUGUCCCUUUAAGAUUUGUUUGUUGUAAUGUGCAAAAAGUGCUGCGAUUAAAUACCACCACAAACUAAAACUUAUCAAGUUUCAAACUCUAAAUGAAUGCCAUCAAUAUGGGUCAAUCUGAAAAACAUUAAAAAUCUAAGAACAAGUCUCUUGGGUAUUCCCAAUUUUGGAACGUUUCUCAGUGUUAAAGAAAAGCCCCAUUUUGUUACGCAGUAUCUUCUUAUUUACAUUCUUUAAAUAUCCAGUUUGAUUUAGGUGUUAACUGAUAUUCACAAAUAUUACUCAUAUUGUUUUAAUCAAGUGUAUUUGUUCUCUCAUUUCUAACGCAGGCUUCUCUUGGUGGAAGGGUCUCUUGCUGAAAAAUGGAGGGAUCGUCUAGCUAAAAAAGUUAAGGUAUGAUCACAACAUAUUUUAUAUUAGUAUCAAGCCAGUGAGAUUAUCACUUUAACCAACCCUAAGGGCAGUAUUUAAAAUUGUGUUGGAUAUGGCAAUGAAUGUAGAAUGCACUGCAUACCACAUGCAAUACUUAUAAAACCAGUUAUGCCCCAGUCUGAAGGAUUCUGAUUGUAUUAACUUGUAUUCUCAUUUAUUCAACUCUCUCAAACAUGUUCUGCGUGUGAUAUUUUUUGUCCAUGUCUCACUAGUCUCCAAGAAGGAUUAUAAAGUACAUCAUUAUAUAAUCAUUAUAAAGGCUUCUCAGCUAAAGGGGCGACAGUAUCAGCCACCUUUAACUUUAAGGACACAAUUCUAUCCUCUAUUCUCUGAACAAAGGAGUAAAUAAAUACUCAGAACACUGUGGCCUCUAAUCAAUAAGCUUUCCAAAUUAUUCAAUACUGUUAGAAUUUUUUUUCCAAACGAUUUCUCUACCAAAAUUCCCUUUGACUUUAUUGGUAAAUUCUGCAAAGAAAUAAUUUGAAAUGUUUUUCUAACAGUAUUGAAUCAUUUGUAAAGCUUAUUAAAUUGAGGCCUAAAAGGAGUGUCGAGGUUACCCGCCUCACAGUAUCACUGGAAUAUCUUUGAGAUAGAAAUGUAGCACUAGUACAAUGUAAUAUUUAUACAUUUACCAGUUCUCCUUUGGGGAACAUCCCUUAAAUGUAGCCAUUUAUCAUCUGUUUGGUUAUAGGCUAGUUAUUCGGCACUCCAGAUGUUUUGGACUACACCUCCCAUAAUGCUUUGCCAGCAUUAUGGCUGUAAGAGCAUUAUGGGGGAUGUAGUCCACAACAUAUGGAGUGCCUAAGGUUGCCUAUCCCUGGGCUAAAUAUUUAACCAUGGAAGACAUAGGAAACCUUGUCCUUGUACUUUAAUCUCUUUUCUUCACAAAUAGUAUACCAAGUGGUGUGCAAGACACCCGCAGACUUACAAAACACAGGAACAGCACACACAGAUAAAAAAUAUAAUUUCAUUUUACAACGCUACUUAAAUCACCUCUCUUUGGAGACAAAUAUAGGGAUUCAGUUUCACCAUAUGGCCAUAUUUGGGUUACUGAGCAGUUUGCUAUUUAUUACAGUAAUAUUAUUAAUAUUAUUUGCUAUUAGCACAGAGACAACAUAUUUCUCUGCUUUUAAGAAUGCAUAUACAAAAAAAUCAGGUACAUUUAAAAAACACAUUUUAGAAACAAGAAAUAUGGAUUAUAACUACACUUAUAGACAUGUUAUGAGUGUUUGCUGAUAAUACCAGAGUUAUUGAACAGAUUAAACACAUGAAUUCAUGCACUGAUGUGAACUUUUAUCCUUUUUCAGCGUUGGGAUCAAAAACUCCGUCGUCCCAGAAAGACCAAAGCCCCUGCUGCUCAAACCACCAAUAAAAACGGGAACUCAAGACAAACGUCUAGUUAGACUAACAGAGAGGUGUCUGUAAAAUUCUGUGGACUUUUGUACUGAGAUUUGCAAUGUUGGAGCAUCAAAGAAGAAAUUGCACUACUGCACGUUAUAAUCUAUUGUUUACUGCAAAAUCUUGUCAGAAUUGAUUGUAGUUUUUUUCUCUCUUUUAUAAUUAUAUUUUGCACGAGUUCCUUCAAAAUGGAUUUAUUCCUCUUCUAGUAAUGUAAGAUUUGCUUUGACUUGUUUUAAAGGGACAUUUUUAAGUCUCAUAACCACUACAGACCAUUGCAGUGGUUUUAGUACAAGUGUUUGUCUGCCAUUCCCCCAUAUUUUUACCAUAUAGUUUGAGUGUUUGUCAAAAACAUAAGUCUCUCUUUGCACCUUCCUCGGCCCCUCACUUAUCAACAUAAUGGUCCCUCAACUUGUUCAGAUAAUGUGUAAAGUAUAUUCUGCAUUAUCAAUUUAACUGAAUAUGGCAAUGAUAGGACGCGUGGUUAGACAAUAAAUUUGAAAUUUAAAGGGUCACCCCAGGCCCCUAAAGUACUUUAGCUCGCUGAAAAUCUUUAUGUGUAAAGAGAGUGUGUCCUAUUUUUUUCUAUGGCAAAUAAGUGCAGAUUUCAAUAGAAACUGAUACAUUUAUAAAUUAACCGGGUUACACCCCUUGGCUUUCAAGCAGAUAACAGGUCCUGUUACUUCCUGGUUUAGUUAGCUCAGUUCAGCUAAACCCAGGAGGCAGCAAUUGCUCAGAACAUCUGCCUUGCAAAGACUUCUGGGAAGUUUGUGAUUGGACAGACACAGAAAGUCUGGGCGGGAUUAGAAGGUGAAGGCGUGCAAGGGCUGCAGAGAAGAGAUCUGCAGGUUUUGCAAGCUGUUUUUAGAUAUACCCACAAUGGAAAAAUGCAUAAUUAUGUGCAUGCAUGUUUUCAUUUUGGGUAUAUCUACUAAACAAUGAUCUUUACUUAUGGGCAGUGGAAUGUCCUUUUAAUUCCACAUUCUCAGUGGCAGUCAGUAAAUGUAGAGAUAUCAGAAGUAAAAGGCACAGAAAACAGAUCAAGGUAUUAAAAGCACGUAAAAAGUGGGUAUACAGGGGAUAAAAAUAGUGGGAUUAAAAAUAAAAAAGGUAAUUAACCCCUUAAGGACACAUGACGGAACUAUUCCGUCAUAAUUCCAUGUUAUUCCAGAAGUUGUGUCCUUAAGGGGUUAACAGUGCUACAGUGGGAGUAAAAGUAUAUGUAGAAAUUAGUGGAUGAAGCCACAGUUAGUUAAAUAAAAAAGAUAGCUCUAAAACUGGAGGUGGGGGGAGAUCACCACUCCUCUCUAAGGUAACAGGUAAAACAGUAUCACUUAUAAUAAAAUAAGAUGAAGGUGACACAUAUUACUAAAAUAGUUUAUUUUAUUCAAAUUAUCCUAAUUUAGCUCCUGGACACCUCUCAUCUUAUUUUAUUAUAAGUGAUACUGUUUUAUCAGUAAAUGUAGAGAGACCCCCAUUCUUUGAUAAACAAUUGGAAAAGAAUUUGGCAAAAAAUAUGGGGGAUGGCACACGAAGACUCUUUGCCCUAUAGACACUACAAUGAUCUGUAGUAGUUAUGGUACUUAUAGCACCCUUAUAGUUUACCAUGAUAAUCUAUUCUUAUACUAAUUUGUUUGGAUUCAGUUUCAGUAGAAGAGGGAAAAUUCACUACACUGGGUUUUAGAGAAGUUGACAACCGACUUCCAAGAUUUUGGGGCAAAAUGGCAGAGUUGUGAAAUUCACUUCUUAGUAAAUAGCCCCCUGUGCACUGUCAAAGAGAUAAUGUGGCCGUGACAAAUGCAGUGACUACAGCGGGUUGAAUCAGUUAGUGUUUUGGCCUCAGUAAAUAUCAUCAAUGUAACUAAAUAAUUUUUCCACUAUAUCUGAGAAAACAGGAGAGCAAUCCUCAAUUUAAAAAGAUGCCCCAGGCGGGAUUUGACCCAUUCAUUUUAAUGUAUUAUAUAGAUGCAACGUUAACAAUGUGCAAAGAGAUUAAAUAAAAAAAAAAUCUAUAGCAUUGCAGAGCUUAUCAAAUAAAUAUAGAUUUAUGGGCACGGUAGAGGAUUCUAGGAGUUUUAGUUAAAUUUACAGCAUUCUACUCAAGAAAGCUAAGUGUUUUUGGAUCAGAAAUGUAUGUUCAGGGAGAUGUUAAAAUGUUGAGCUAACAAAGCAAACUAAUUAUUAUUUUCUAUAAAAAAGAAAAAAAACACAAAAAAACACCAGACAUGACUGACUGUAACCUAACCUACACAUUGCAGCUACUAUAUGAUUGUCUGGAGUUGCCCUUUAAAGGGACACUGUAGGCACCCAGACCACUUCAGUUCGUUGAAGUGGUCUGGGUGCUGUGACCCUUUUGCACCUAGUGCUGCAAUGUAAAACAUUGCAGUUCCAGAGAACAGCAAUGUUGAAAUUGCAGCUCUAAGUCUGCCCUGUGUGGCUGUCUACCAGACAGCCGCAGAAGGACUUCCGGAAUUCAAAUGGACUUUUGGUCCGUUAUCUGACGCUGGACGUCCUCACGCUCUGCAUGAGGACCUCCAGCGUUAGAUUUUCCCCAAAGAAAAGCAUUGCAUAAUGCUUUCCUAUGUGGAGGUCUAAUAUGCUGACGUCGCCGGGGGAAGAGCAUGGGCGGAGCCUGACCCAGCACCGAAGGACAUCGGCGCUGGAUACAGGUAAGUGGCUAAAGGGGUUUUAACCCCUUCAGCACCACGGGAGGGGGUGGGGGGGGGCCUAUUAAACCUAUAGUGCCAGGAAAACAACUUUGUUUUCCUGGCACUAUAGGAUCCCUUUAAAUGUAUUGGUAUUCCAUUUUGGAAUAGGACAGAAUAGACUGUCAUAGACUGUCAUUGGCCUUUAUAGGGUAUAAGGGCAUUUGCAAGUUGAAAAGUUUGGGGAUUUAAGAAAGAUGGUAAAGCCAAUUAAAUAAAACAGACACACACACACACUUUUUUUUUAAACCUUUCAUUAUUUUAAAUGAAACAGAUCGACAUGAUGGAUGUCGGGGAUUAUUCUAUCGAACACCCUAGUAAAUAUACAUAGAUAAGACUUAACAAUAAAGAAAACAUGAAUUAGAGGUAGCAUGAUCGGUUCCAAAUAAGUAAUAUAGAAAAAAUGGGAAAAUAGGAUAAAUUAUACAAUUAAAAAUGGAGGGCUCCCACAAUGGAUAUGUAGUGAAUACCAGUUUGUCAGUUUAAAGUUCUUGCAAAUAAAAGCCUUAUGCAGAUAGUCUACAGACUGGAUGUAGAACCCAUACAGAUAAAUUACUACAUUACCUGCAUUGUGAGGCCUCUAACCAGGCUAGUUGAAAACACAUGAGCUAAUUUGGACUGGCGGAGCAGUGAAGGAACACUCCGGGCACUACAAUAAUUCAUCGGAAUGUGUGAAAAUUCAGUAUUAUAUUGAGUUACACUUACCAGUGUAGAUAUCCCCUGAACGGUCCAUUUUUGGUAUUUUUCCUGGAACUGAAGGGAGCCUCCAGGCACCAAAGCAACUUUAUCUGAAUUAAGCUGUUAUGGUGCCAGGAGGUUCCUGGAGCCGGCUUACCUCUAGGGGUUAAACCAUUCAUGAAUGGUUUAAUCCCAAAGACUUCUCUCCAGCAUCGUUUAGAUCUGUGCUGUCCUUCCGCUUCUCUCAGUUUUUUCAAACAGGAAGCCUCGGGCUGCAUUAGGCAGGGGCACCACUGAUUGGCUGAGAGCGUCAACUGAUUCAUUUAUAGAAAUGACUUGAGAAAUAUAAGUACAUUUCUCAAGCCGUUUGGGGGUUCAUUUUGGUGCCAUAAAAAUAAUACUGAAAACAGACAAGGAUGGGAAGUGUAAAAAUGACUCAAUAUAAGAUUGAAUUUCGACUCAGAAAUCUCUUAUCCGAGAACAGGCCAAUAAACAAUCGAAUAACUUUUAAAUUCAGUCUGUGUUGAGGGGGGGGGGGGGGUGGUGAUUAGGCACGUAAGGCACGCAACCUGUUUUGUACACUGUUCUGUUAAAAAAAUAAAUACAAGCAGGAAAGUAAUAUAUUCUAUUUAUUCCUUGCUUCCUUAAAGGAAGACUUUGGAAUAAAAACGAUUAGCUAUAUUAAUGCAUUCUAAACAUGGUGCUUUUAAAAUGCAACAAAAAAAAACUGAAUUGAAAAAUAAAAAAUGUAUUUGGACAAAAUGACAGGCAACCUGGAUGCUCCUACUAUCUGUCUUAUUGACAGCUCUGAGGGGAGGGGCCAUCUUAGAGUUAAAGUAAUUCUUACACAUCGCUGCAGUUCAAAACCACUCUUAGAGCUGACAGUUGGCUUAGGAGACUCUGAACCAUAGUAAUAAAUAUACAUAUAUUUUUAAAUUUCUUUUUUAGGCAAUCUUUUUGCAAAACUUAAAUAUUGAGCUUUUUUCUAAACAAAAGAUUUCAUGCAUUAAAAUUUCACAUUAAAUUAUCUUGUACUAUAAAAUUCAAUCCCUUAACUACCAAAAUUAUGUAUACAUGUUUUUAAUUUCAGAUUGCAUUGCCAAAGAAUGCAAUACAAGUUUAGCCCAUAAAACCUCACUUCUUUUUGAGGUUAUAGUUAUUUUUCUGCAAUGUUUCAUUCUGUCCAUGUGCAGUAGAUAUAACUAUAAGGUUACAAAAUUAAUUGAUCAUACAUUAUAGCAGUCAGAGAGUGCUCAAUGUCAAUCAGUACAGAACAGAAAUUAUUUGUAAGGUGGUACUCCAUUGGGCAAAUCCACAUGCAAUAGUUUGGUAUAACUUUACAACUAUAUAUAUAUAAGAAUAAUGUUUGUGUUUCCUUAAAGGGACACUAUAGUCACCAAAACAACUUUAGCUUAAUGAAGCAGUUUUUUGUGUAUAGAUCAUGUCUCUGAAGUUGCACUGCUGAAUUAUCUGUCAUUUAGGAGUUAAAUCACUUUUGUUUCUGUUUAUGCUGCCCUAGUCACACCUUCCUGCAUGUGACUGACACAGCCUGCAUGCAAAAAUUGUUUCAUUUUAAAUAACAUGUUAACUUCAAAUAGUUUAUCUCCUGAUCUGUAAAUUGGACUUUAAUUACAUGCUGGAGGCUCCUAAAGGCCUAGGAAGCUAUUAACAGUUCAGGAGAUAAAUAAUUCUAAAUUAAACUGAAUUUGCAAUAAAUCAAGUAUAAACAUUAGAUGACUCUUUACAGGAAGUGUUUAGGAAGGCUGUGUAAGUCACAUGCAAGGAGGUGUGACUAGGGCUGUAUAAAGAAAGUGAUUUAACUCCUAAAUUGCAGAGAAUAGAGCAGUGAGUCUGCAGGGGCAUGAUCUACACAUCAAAACUGCUUUGUUAAGCUAAAGUUGCUUUGGUGACUAUAGUGUCCAUUUAAAGCUGCACUGCUGCAUAAGUAAAAUUACUUACUAAUAUCCAUGAAUCAAACAUUUUAAUUGUAUGCAUUCAUACAAUUUAUUUUCUUUUUCUUUCUAAAUUCUUUAUUUAAAAUUUCAUUGCAUAUGAAGAUGUACAUGCGGUCUGGACAAGAACCACAUCCAGAGGUAAAUCUCUCUGCAGAGCCCUGGAGGCGGGUUGGUUGAUCUUGGUCCACAGUGGAGAGAUGUUAAUGCACUCCCACCACAUGUGGAUAUAAGUACCCUUUUCUCCGCACCCUUUCCAGCAUUGGUCGGUGUCCGACCUGUGCAUUUGUUUGAGUCUUAGUGGGGUGAGGUACCAUUGGAACAUGGUUUUAUAGGCCUGUUCCCUAUGAUUGCCACAUAUGGUGAGCGAAGCCGUGGCCUCCCAGAUGUCCCCCCAGUCCGUGGAGUCCCCGGGGGCCCAGGUACCACUCCCAAGUCGACAUGUAAGAGAAGGCCCCUGGGUGUGUUUUAUACCAGCAGGUUAUAUAUUGUUAAGAUUUGGCCUUUUUGUAUGGGUGCCUGUAUACACAUUUUUUUCGAAUGUGGUGAGUGUGGCUGUUGCGGUCGUUCUAGUGGUUGGUGUGUUGAGAUAGCUGCAAAUUUGAAAGUAUCAGAAGUGAUCAAAUGUUAUGAGCGGUGUGUUCUGCGGGAGUUCGGCAAAGGGGACCAGCUGCUGGUUUCGGUAGAAGUGAAAGAACUUCGUGAGGCCGUUGUCCUCGAAGUAUGUUAUGUUCCAGGUCAACCCAUAGUUUGAGUCCCACUGGGGCCCACUGGGGCCCACUGGGGCAUGGAGGUGUUGCAGUUGUGCUAGUUGGGCCGCCUGGUGGUAACUCCAGAAGUUCGGUAGGCCCAGGCCUCACUUUCUGUGUGGGAUAUAAAGAGUAGUGCGCUUGAUACUGGCCUUCUUAUACAAGUUAUUUUCUAUGUGCCGUCCAUAAAAAAAAUAAUCUGCAGAAUAUAUUGGCACUAUAAAGGUGCUAAUAUUAAUAAGUCGGAAGUAACGUCGUUGGAAGGGGCAGAUAUAGAAGGUCUCCCAGAUGUUGGGGUGUGAAAGAGGCUGUUACCAUUCAACAAUUGGGAACGGUUGGGUAAAUAAAAUAAAAAAGAUAAAUUAAUAAUUCCUCUUAAGCCUUAAAAAAUAUUCCUUUCUUGAAGAAAAUAUUUAAUGAGAUUUCGAAACAGACAUUGUUGCAAUGUUCCAAAUCUAAAACUGCUAAUGUAGAACAAGUAAUGUGUUUGCCAUGGCUUAUUAAAACAAAACAAUAAGUAUAUUGGGUCAGACAGGGCAUAAUCAAGAAAAGGCAAUAUCUUUCUGGCUUUAGAAUCAAAUAAUAAAAGUAAUGGAUAACUCAUGGUUAGAAAUGAUCAGGGGUGAUAGUUCACACAGAUUAUAAAAUAAUUGGCAUUCUCUCAAGGAACUGUAAGAUCCGUGAGGCAUGUCCAUUCCAAAAAAAAAAAAAAAUAGAUUUUUUUUAAACAUCCAGAAAUAAAGCAAUACUAUGUUGGUCUUGAAAUAGCUCCGAUCAAGAUCUAAUUUUUUCCCAUUUGUAUUAAAAAAUAUUAACGAAACAUUCCAAUACCUUUACUUAUAAUACGCGACUGUUUAGAAUUUGUGCUCCACUCCCCGAAGCACUAAGAAAGCUGUUACUUACCUGUAAUUAAAGAGGGUGUGAAGAGGGUCCCUCGCCUUGACUCUUUUCCAUCCAAUGAAGAUCUUCACUAGUGAUGAUCUUCUGGUCAAUCCAGUGCUUCCUACAGAGAAACAUAAGGAGGCAGAGUGCAUGCACGUCAUUUGCCAAACUGGACUGACAUUGCUUUUCGUAUAGAAGCCUUGAAACCAAUGUAUCUUUAUGAGAAACCAUCAAUUCUGUCUUGAGAAUGUGCUAAAGGGAACUGAGCCAGGGAGAACCCUCCAGGCUGGUUGCUUAACAGUUGGGAGGUUUUAUACCAACAGGGAUGAGAAAAGUGAUGAUUGCUCUUGUAAUUUACACUUUUAUAAACCUGCAGGAACACUCUACCAUCCUGUAAACCAUAUACACAAGUUGAUGUGCUUAAGGGACCAGUCUGUAGGUGCACAGGGGCCUCAUAUUCCGGCUAUCGGCAUCAGCAAACGGCAAGCGGUGAGCCGGAGCAGAGCAGAGAGAACAGAGCUCCGUCGCCACGUCUGACAGGGAGACAGGCGCCCGCAAGACACUAAAGUUUAGUAAAGCAAUAGAUAGAGUGUAAUCAGGGGUUUUAUAGGCUGGGCCAGGUCAAUGGCACAAUGGACGCUCAGGUAAAAUAUUGUUGCUUGCAUGCAGUUCCUGAAACUGGAUUGGUGCUGGUGUCUCUAUGCAGUUGCUCAGCUCCAUUCAGUGUGACUUGUGUCUGCAUGACCUGAUACCACAGAGGAACUGGAGAACAGGUAAAGGGGAUGACAAGCAGCCAUGACAGAUAUGAUUACACAGACGGACUUUUCAGGGCAGUCAGUACAGAAUGUGUCUACCCUACAGGCAUGCUAUCAAAAAUAUGGUGAUACUUUGUGCACUGUGCCAUGAUAUAUUAAAUAAAACUUUGAAAUAACUGAAAAUCAUAUAUACAAACUGCAAUAAAUAGUUACAACUAAAUGUUGCCAGCAUAUCCCAUUAUGGUUAUAACCAAACAAUUUAUUUUAAGCAUAUCUCAUUUUAAAACUCACCAACUUUGCGGAUAAAAGAUAACGGAAGCCACAAAUUCUAAAGCUGACGAACUGCAAAAAUUAACAUACAGACACCAUUCAAGGUUCGGAGAGGUCAAUGUGCGAUUUAUAAUGGAAAUAAACAUAACUAUUAUAGAAAUUCCAUAACAGUAUAGAGAAUCCUUCUAUAGGCUAGCUGACCAAACAAACAAGAAAACAAAAGAAAACAACUUGCGCUAAAAACCAUUAAACAGAAACAACCAGUGGUUUUCUGGUAGAGACAGUGAAGGUAUGGUGCAAAGACCUGUAAAUCUAUACCCUCUAACAGGAAAUAAUAUAAUAAAUGUAAGCCAAUAAGCAAUAUAAAUUUCACAAAAACUGUCAUUCCCCCACUGCUGACACCCAAAUGGAAACAAACGUAUAAAUGAACCAUAAACUAUUAACCGCAGUAGCAGAGGCUAUUUGACUAUUUAUAGCUAUUAUUGCUACACACUAUUAAUGAAUUUCUCAAGGCUUAAGAAUGUUUAUUUUGGCCCACAGUGGUGUAGACUGAAUCAGACCAUUUGUCCUAACACUUGGUAGAUGGUAGGACAUUGAACCUAGAAAGUAUAACGUGAAAAAUGUGAACCCAUUUUAUUUUUUGGUGUUUAGUAAAUGAAAUACUAAUCUGUUAGAUGAUGUUGACUUGAGAAUAACGUUAAGCAUUUUGUAUCUCACAUAUCUGAGUUAAUGGUCUUUUAAUGCAUGUACAUAGCCCUAUGCUUUUCUAUUUCCAAAUAAUGUAUGUUUAUACAUUCAAAGAUUUAACCAGGAUUUAAACCUGCUUAACGGUUUUAACCCAUGUAUACUUUACAACAUAUUUGCUGUGUGAUAGUGGAAAUGUCUCGUUUUGCUGAGAUUUUAGAUAUAACACCAGACCUUGUUAGCUCUGGACUUUCUCAGCUAUAGAAGUCUGCACUUUAUCACAUUGGUUUUGCAAUGUAUUUUUGUGUCUUUAUUGACUAACUUUGUGUAAAACCCAGCCAAGUAUGUGGAAUAAAAGAGUUACACGUAUUGAAUAA